GCCCGCCUCAACCCUAGUGUGCAAUGGCCUGUCAUGGCUGCGCUGAUUCUCCUAUAAGACCUUCCUUUGGAACCCAGAUGCUUGUGUUUAUGCUCGCCUAGACGACACUACUCUGCCUGUACAACUACGACGCGUUCCCAUAGAGCUAUUCACCACCACAUACUGAUACCCAACCACCGCAAUGUCUCACGCGACUCCAGUCGCCGGCGACCUGCGCAAGAAAGUGCUACGUGUCCUAUUCAUAUCUCUCCUUCUCGAUCUAAUAUCUUUCACCUUCAUCCUGCCCCUCUACCCGAAGCUCCUCGAAUUCUACCGCGACCACGAAGCCGCCAAAGCGAGCUCCAACACCGUCCUCGGCCAGGUCCUUCACGGUCUGAACGCAUAUAAGAACUCCUUUGCGCGUCCCAUCAAUGACCGCUACGACAUUGUCCUCCUAGGCGGCGCCCUCGGCUCCCUGUUCUCCUUCCUCCAGGCAAUUGCUUCCCCCAUAAUUGGAAGACUAUCAGACAAGUAUGGCCGCCGGACGGCCCUACUCUGGUCCAUGGCGGGCAACAUUCUGUCAGUCGCGCUCUGGGUGGCCGCGACCGACUUCCGGACCUUCCUAGCCAGCCGCGUCGUUGGAGGCCUGAGCGAGGGCAACGUUCAACUCGCCCUGGCAAUCGCGACAGACAUCAGCGACGACACGCAGCGCGGUGCUACAAUGGCGCUCGUAGGAGUCUGCUUCAGCAUUGCCUUCACCUUCGGCCCGGCACUAGGGGCAGCCCUUUCAACAAUCACAACUGUGGCCGCGAACCCUUUCGCAACCGCUGCGGGCUUCUCGCUGUUCCUGAUCGUCACCGAGACCAUCUACCUCUACUUCUACCUUCCGGAGACCCUUCCAGUGGCGCCGGCAAAAUGCUCGGAAAAGUCGGGGUCCGAGGUGAAAUCAGCAGCGCCCCGUGCGAGGACUAAUUCGCAUACCCUGCUCAACUUUACCCACUUUACCUUCAUCCUCUUCUUCUCAGGGAUGGAAUUUUCGCUGCCGUUUAUGACGUACGAUCUGUUCUCAUACCGAAGUGCGCAGUCCGGGAAGCUUUUAGGAUUUAUUGGUCUUGUUGCUUCGCUGCUUCAGGGCAGUGUGACGAGACGAUUGCACCCACUUAAAGUCGUCCAGUUGGGUGUAGUGAGCUGUGCGGCAGGGUUCUUCAUUCUGGGAAGAGUCACAACAGAGAAGGGUCUAUAUGCUGCUGCGGCAUUGCUCGCGGUCACUUCGGCGACUGUCGUAACGGGAUUGAACAGCUUAAGUAGCUUUGAGGCUGCUGCUGGGGAAAGGGGGAACAAAUUGGGGAAUCAUCGCAGUUUUGGCCAAAUUGGUCGAUCUUUAGGACCUUUGAUCUUCUGUACACUGUAUUGGUGGGCAGGAAGAGAAGUUGCUUACGCCGUUGGCGGCGCUGGUAUGGUGGCUGUAUGUGGACUCGUUUUUGGAGGAUUAAAGACGCCUCCGGGAACAGAAAUGAAGCGGAUGCCUCAAACGACAGACAUUGGGAAAAAGAUCAACGGGGUGAAGAUGAAUGGGAAAAAAUCAAAGUAG